UCAGGAAUAUAAAACCUGCUUUUGGGACAGCUCAUGAGGAAUUUCUGACAGGUAUGGAAGUGAAAGACCAAGUGCAGUACAUCCAGCACAAAUACAUCUCCUUCCUGUUUUUGACCACCAGAAACGUUCUGAAGAUGACUGACAGCUGCAGUAAGGAGCAUGACAGUGAGAGGAAUGGAUAUGUAUCGACUUCAGAUGAUGACUCUAUAAGCUUGUUGUGUGAUGUCAAUGCCUGGCAAAGCAGAGGGGCAGCUGAGGACAUGGAGAUCAGUGAUUUAGAUUCACAAUUUGGCAACAAGGAGCAGAAAAAGAAAGUGGAGCCGGAGAUAAAUCGAUUUAAACCACCUGAGCCAGGGAUAUCCAGCUGUAUGCAGUCUACAGCAGGCCCUGCUGAUUCUACAUCUCCAUCAGCAGCAAAAGUCUCAAAAAGUGUGAGAAUCACCAACAAGACAAAUGUUAACAAGAGAGAUGGAAAAGGAGAGACUCUUCUGCACAAAGCAUGCAAGAAGGUAGAUCUGGCCCGAGUCAAGAUGCUCAUUCAAGCUGGAGUCAGCAUCAACAUGGAGGAUAAUGCAGGCUGGACGGCCCUCCAUGAGGCUUGUGUUGUGGGCGACGAGGCAGUGGUUGAGGAGCUGCUGAAGGCUGGAGCUAAUGUUAACGCUAGAAGUUCUGAUGGUGUCACACCCCUACAUGAUGCUGUUUCUGCAGGACACUAUCAGGUAGUGAAGCUUCUCCUCCAGUGUGGGUCAAACGCCAGUGACAGGACAGUUGGUGGCCUCAGUGCUGUAGACAUGGCAGAGGAGGAGAAUAUCAAAGAGCUGCUCUCUGUCAAAGAAUCUACUGUUACACAUGAGCAGCCUUGUGGGGCACCUGCACAAUGCAGACAACCAGGUGACACAUCUUCUGAGGCUCACUGCCACAAGCAGCUCUCCCUCCAGAGCAGCUCCAGUCCCAGCCGCAGUGACACAGCAAAUGUACGACCCAGAGAAUCAGAUGACAGAGACGGAGCCAGAGAGCCUGGUGACAUUCAACUGGGGAAGAAAGACACCACCACAGAUAAUCUGACUCAUUCAGAUUCUUUAACAGUGGCUUUGGAGGAGGUGAGGAGGAAGCAAGCACAAAUAUCCACUUGGCCUCUGACAGGGCCGGAGGAUGCAGGCAGAUAUCAUGCUGCUGUCACAGAGAUCCAGAAUGUACUGAUUGAGGUGCUCAACAAACAGCAGUUGAAGAAGAAUAAUCUUGACCAAAAAUACAGGAAUGUGUCUGAGUCCCUUCGGCAGAGUGUUUUGAAAAGUCAACUUGAGAACCUUGCUUCAUGUCAGAAGAACUUGGUGGAGGUCUUCCAGAAGCAAAUGAAUCUGGUGGAGGUGUAUGUAACCAUGAAGGCCAAACUUUCUACUCAGCCUUCCAACCAUCAAUGCAAUAUCCUAGUGACACAGCAGCCAGAUCUCCUCUGCACUCCAGCUCCUAAAGCUAGAGAAGAACACAGCUGUAAUCAAAACACUCCAAGAAAGGAAAACCAGAGACAAGUUACACAGACCAGGCCGUUAAAAUCGACAUCUUCAAACCAUGCCAAGGACCUCAGGGUGCCCGGGCCUCCUGCUCCUUUACUCACCGAGGCGCUGAAGACUUGUCAAAGCAGCACCCAACAACCUCACAUCAGCAUUCAGAUGAAAGGAAAUAAUGCACUGAUAGAGAGAAGAGCUCAAGACAACGGCCCACAUCUCUCUCAGCUCAUCCAGAGGGGAGUCGUUCCAUCUGGAAGUGAUCUAAAGCUGCUGUUGAAGGGUCACUGGCACUUUGCUCGUGUGCUGGGUGAUGGCUCAAUAAAGGAUCGCAAACGCAAGUGUCACCUGGCUCCAGAACGCUGGCUGGAGUCUAUCCUUGGUAACAACAUCCCUGUCAGCUCCAUGUACGCCUGGGACAAGGUGACGUUCAGAGACAAACCUUUGUCUUAUUACUUAUUGAACAUGGAGGCUGAAGGACACAAACCACAGACGUGUCCUGAGGACGAUCCUCAACACUGCAGCACUGCUAGUUCUCAGGAGGAGCUCACCACAGAGGCAGCCAGCCUGAGAAGACUAAUGGAGAUCAAGAUAAUCCACCUGGUGGCUGACGAGGAGCUGCUGCCCAACGCUCUCAUGGACUGUUACUGGGAGAAACUCUUGAAGAGCGACGAAGACUCUGAAGACUGGGGGGCUGGGUUUCUAUAAUGUUCUCUCCUCACAUUUUGUCCAUAACGGUUUGUUUUAACAAUUGUUUUUGACUCAUUUCCUGUACUCAUUGUGGAUACAAUGUGUCUUCCAUGAACUGGACUAAAGGUGUCACUGUAUUUAUUAAGCCCAUAUGACACAGCUUUUUUGUUCUUGCAUGAAGCAACUGUUGCAUCAAAAGAGCCUCUUUGGCAAUAGGAGGGUAGGUCAUACCGUAGGAGCAAUGAGUUGUUCAAUCUGGUCUCUUGAGAUCAGCUUGAGCUUCUCAUGUUCAUAUCAUUCUGUCAUCAUUUGUUUCUCAAUUACUUCUCCUAAGGCAGUAGUUCUCAACCUUUUUGAGUCGCAACCCCCAAUUUAACAUGCAUGUUGUCCGCGACCCCCACUCACUGAACAC